AUGAGUGACAUCGAGAAAAUCUACGUCACCUACAAUGAUGUCCACAAGCUGUGCCAGAAGUCGGCCGACCGUCUUCUGGGCGAGUUCCAGCCCCAGCUCAUGAUUGCCAUCGGCGGCGGCGGUUUUAUCCCUGCCCGUAUCCUGCGAUCUUUCCUCAAGAAGCCCGGCUCUCCCAACAUUCCCAUCCAGGCCAUUGGCCUCUCUCUGUAUGAGUCCCUCGGCGAGGACACCGAGGUUGAGCAGAUUGGCACAAAGGUCACCCGAACCCAGUGGCUCGAUCUUACUGCUCUCGGUCAGAUGGAGAACUUGGUUGGCAAGCGUAUCCUCAUUGUUGACGAGGUCGAUGAUACCCGAACGACUCUUGAGUACGCUGUAAAGGAGCUGGAGAAGGAUGUUGAGGCUGCUCGCCAGCGAAUGGGUGGCGAUGCGCCCAAGACUGAGUUUUGCAUCUUUGUUCUUCACAACAAGGAUAAGCCCAAGAAGGGUGUUUUGCCACACGACAUGAUCGAUACUCGAUAUGAGGCUGCCGUUACAGUUGGCGACGUUUGGAUCAACUAUCCCUGGGAGGCUCUCGACAUUGAUGAGCACGACCAGAAUGCUGAAGCUAAGCGUGGUAUCUAA